AUGAUUGGUAAUAAAUUAAGCAAGGAGCUGAGUUUCCAAUUAAACAGCGAGGAAUUGAAACGCUCGAUUGAAUAUACCAGGGCCGAUUUCAAAUCCGCAGCGACUCCCAGUGAUCUCGUGGGUUUGGUUAAACUGAUUGACGAGGCAAUUUCUACCCUCGAUAAUAACUUGUUCAGCUAUACGACAAUAAACAAGAAAAGGCUUCAACAGGAUAUAACGACCAUUGAGGCACUUAGGACUAGUAAGCUCGCGUCCACAAUUGAUGCGUCAGCAAACCUUUCCAAUGUUUUUUCCACUGCAAAUGAUUUGGGCUUCAAUUUGACAUAUAAGAUCAAGUCUCUAGAUGAAGAGAUUGGAAACGUUAACAAGACUUUGAAAUACGUUAAGGAUGUUCAAUUACUAAAAAGCAAUAUUAGCCAGAUAUACUAUGCUAUAGAGCAUGGUAAUUGGGAAUCCGCGGCACAAUGCAUUUAUAUAAUCAAUACAAAGAUCCCCAAGGAAUUAAUUCUGGGGCAGUAUGCUUCGGUCAUGAUUCCUUCAACAGACAUUCCCGAAUUGCCACAAAACUCUAUCGCAAAAUGGACGGAUCAGCUUGCUGAAGUUUUUAAGUCACAGUUUACAGAAGCAGCUAAGGCUAGAGAUGUCGAGCGACUAACCAAGUUCUUUCAAUUAUUUCCUCUCAUUAGCCAAGAAGAAAUUGGACUCACUUGCUAUGCCAAUUUCAUUUGUGAGAUUAUUAAUGAAUCGUCAAAAAAUUUGACUUCAACAGUUAACAACAUCCAUGCUAGUGAGUUGAAGCCUGGAAUAUUCUCAACCGUGACAAUGCAAUUGUUUGAAAAUGUUUCAAUGAUGUUGUCCCAGCAUGGGCCAUUAAUAAAGCGACAUUACAGUUUGACUUACCCCGAUGCGCUUCCAUUUGUUAUUAGAAAGAUCCAAAAGGAAAUUGACUUGCAGAUCGGAAUAAUUGCUGAUACGUUUUACGACGCGCGAAGGUUGGACAAAGUGUUUCAAGAUGUGGAUCUAUACACGUUCCCGGUUUUGUCAAAAAGAAUGUCAGACACUAUGUUGGAGCAUGAAGCUGGUUUGGAAAAACAAAGACCUUACGACGAAACAAUUACCGAUGAGAUCUUACCAAUCAAAUCCAUUGGUGAUCUCAUUCUGGAAUUGUCAUCCAUUAUUCAAAGUUGGUCACUUUACUGUAAAUUUGUCACUAUCAAGUAUUUCGAUACACGUCAAACUCCGCAAUCUGAAUUGCAAGUUCCAGAACUCAUACUCAAUUCACAUUUUACCAAAAAAGUCAAAGAAAAAUUGCUUCCGUCCUUUAAAAAGUUGUACGAUUUUUAUUUCCGCCGUUCUUUGGAGAAGUGUAUUGUAAUUGAGGAAAUGCCUAGCUUGGAACCUUAUUUACAUGCCAAUCAGCACCAGUUAUCAAAGUCACCUGACCAAGUUCCUUGCUCUUCGGUAGUAGAAGAUCUCACAUUGAUCUUGAACAAUACACUUCGUAACGUGCUACUGUCGGGAAAUUUACUGUCGGUUAAAGAUUUUGCCACUGGGUCUUUUAAAGUUCUUCAGCAGGAUGUCAUUAAUGGUUUUUUUAUCAAAAAUCUCAAUGAUAACCUGCCAAAGUAUAAUCAGCUGUUGACAUUAAUUACUGAUGACCAUAUAAAACGUGUUACCGAAUUGGGUGGUGUUGGCCAGGGAGGUACAACUACCAGUCCCCGUGCUACCUCUAGAAGCGGUACUCCUGAACCAAAUUCCAGUUUCUUCAAAGGGGCUUCAAGUGCACUCGGUAGUGUUGUUAGUGGAUCCGGAGCCAUAGUCGGUAGCUUGCAAGCAAAUGCAUCGGCAUCAGGCAAUAGUCCGAGAUUAAUAAAUUUUAUUAUAUACUUAAAUUCUAUUGGUGUGGCUCAGGAAUAUUUCAGCAAGAUCAUUCAAAAAAUCAUUGGCGACUCAAAACAAGUUGGAUUUGUUAGGUCUAACCUUCCGUUCAACAGGGAUUCUGAAAAUGCCGAGCGCAUUUUGCGACAGGAAUUUUUGGAGCCGUUCAACACGAUUACGGGAAAGGUUCUCAAUGAAAGUGUGAUUAAUUUGUACAACCAAUCGAUCAAACAAAAGCUUUUCAUUCUUAUCGGUGAGUUGGUCACUGAUACCUCAAAUGCAAACUACAUUCUUUAUUCUUCCAAUCAAAUCAACGACCUGUCGGUGCUUAUCAAGUUCAAAUCGAAUUGGGCUUCACUCACAAAGCCAUACUUGCAAACCUUGCAUGUCUCAAUCUGGAACAAAUUGCUCAGAUUGAUAAUUGUUAAUUUGGCAAACUUGAUUGAAAGAAAACUACACUCUGCGUUGAGAAAGUUCCAAAUCAACGAUAUGGGUGCAAUAAAGCUCGAAAAAGACUUGAGUUUUGUCAUAAAUGAAGUGUGUCAGGACAAUUAUCAUUUGCGUGAAAAAUUUAUAAGAUUGACACAAUUUGUAUUGCUUGUGGGAAUGGAUGACGAAGAGUAUGAAGAAAGUAACCAACCUGCUUUGAAAGUUGGUAAUGAGGGCACGCCAAUGGAAGGAGAGGAAAACGAGGCAGAGGAUAUUGGCGGAAUCAAUUGGGUUCUUACACCGCAUGAAAGAAACCAAAUUCGCCAAUAUAGAGUUUAG